GUUCCCCCGCCCCGGACGCGGCCCUUUUGGGGGGGGGGCGGGGCCGCGGCCCCGUUUCCGCCGUGGCCGCGCGAUGGCGGCGGCGCUGGGCCCCGGGGAGGCCGCGGCGGCCGCUCACGCCCUGACCCUGCCGGCGGAGGCUUACGGCAAUGAUCCCAACGUGGAGCUGAUGUGGGCCAUGCGGGCCUACCAGCACGCCGAGGUCUACUUCAACCUCAUCUCCUCGGUGGACCCCAAAUUCCUGAAGCUGACCAAGGCGGACGAGCAGAUCUACGGCGACUUCAGGAAAACCUUCGGAGACCUCAAAAUCGACGUCCUCGACCCCGAGGAGCUCAAAUCGGAGCCGGCCAAGGAGAAGUGGCGCCCCUUCUGCCUGCGCUUCGAGGGGGUGGUGGAGGACUUCAACUACGGCACCUUGCUGCGCCUGGACUGCAGCAAGGGCUACACGGAGGAGAACACGAUAUUUGCCACCAGAAUCCAGUUUUUUGCCAUCGAAAUAGCUCGGAACCGAGAGGGCUGCAACAACGCCGUCUACAACAGCGCCAAGGAGCCAGCGAGGGCGUGAGGACGAAUUCGGCUCCGCUUCGUUCCCCAUGGGGUCAGCCCAGGGGCUGCUGCCCCCCUUUUUUUCCCCCCAUGGGACAGGGGCAGGAGGAGGCAGGACAGCGCAGGGCGUCCCGUCCCUCCUGCUGCAGUGCCUCGGAGCUCAGCCUCUGCUUGCAAUAAAUAAA